GCUACAGCCAUGGACACGGGCUUUUCGACGUGGUCAGAUUAUGGUGGCCUAGACGGAGAUGAAGAUGGAGAAGAGGAAGCACAGGCAUUUCGUGUCAGCGGCAAAGACAGUCUGAUAUUUGUCAUCGACUGCUCAGAGUCGAUGUUUGAACCUCGAACAGACGGAGAAGACAGCGCAUUUAGUUUGUGUAUACGGUGUGCCAAAAACGUGUUGAGCAACAAGAUUAUUAGCAGUGAUAAAGAUUUGGUGGGCAUUGUUUUCUUUGCAACGGAUAAAUGCAAGAACAGCAGUGAUUUCCAGCACGUCUACAUAUUGCAGGAGCUAGACACUCCUGAUGCACGAAGAAUUUUAGAACUUGAAGAGUUACUUGAAGGUGAUGUCCAUGCUACUUUCAAAACCAAGUUUGGUCACAGCUCUCUCUUCUCACUCUACGAUGUGUUAUGGAUCUGUUCAAAUAUGUUUGCCAACAGUGCACAGAAGAUAGGUCAUAAGAGAGUGAUGCUGUUCACAGACAAUGACAAUCCUCACAGGGACAGUGUGACAUUGCAGCGACAGGCAAGGACAAAAGCAAAGGAUCUUUAUGAAAAUGGCAUUGAGUUGGAGCUGAUGCAUUUGAGUCCUGUUGGAGGCACUUUUGAUGUGUCUGCAUUUUAUCAAGACAUCAUUGUUAUACCUGAUGAUGAAGAUGUGGGUUGUUUGCCGAACACAUCCGAUAAGUUUGAAGAAUUACUGUCAAGGGUUCGAGCGAAGGAUCAUAAGAAACGUUCUUUGAUGAACGUUCCAUUUCAUCUUGGACCUGGACUUGAAAUGAAUGUUCGAGUAUUUGCAUUAGUUAGGUCGACUAAGAAAGGGGCUGUUGUGAAGUUGGAUGAAAGGGUGAAUCAGGAAGUGAAAACAAGGACAAAGUAUAUUUGUGAGGAUACGGGUACGAUACUGAUGCCUACUGAUAUCAAGAGCUGGUAUGACUUUGGUGGUGAAAGGGUUGUGUUUGAAAAGAAUGAAGUAGGUGUGAUGAAGCACUUUGCUGACCCAGGCCUAUUAUUGAUGGGUUUCAAACCAAAGACAUCGUUGAAACGUUACUUUUACGUGAAGCCUGCAAAUUUUAUCUACCCUGAUGAAUCUAGUAUUAUUGGCAGUACGAAGCUUUUUAAUGCUUUGCUGCAACAGACGUUGGCUCGUGAUGUUAUUGCAAUAUGUAGGUUUGUGCCCAGGGUUUCAUCAGCACCAUCAUUUGUUGCUCUUGUUCCGCAAAGAGAAGUGCUUGAUAGCAACAAAGUCCAGAUUUCUCCAGCUGGAUUUCAUGUCAUUUAUUUACCAUUUGCUGAAGACAUGCGCAAACUGAAAUAUGAAGAGACACCAAGAGCCAAUUUGACACAAGUCGACAAGGCAAAGGAAAUAGUCAAGAAGCUUACUUUUACCUUCAAGCCAGAUGCAUUUGAAAAUCCAGCACUUCAAGCACACUACAAAAACCUAGAGGCACUUGCUCUUGAUCGAGAUACACCAGAGGCACUUGUUGACUUGACAGAGCCAGACACUGAAAUGAUUGAGAAACGCACUGGCAAGAUUCUCAAGGAAUUUAUUGAUUUAGUGUAUCCUGCAGAUUAUGACCCUGUAGGCAAGCAGCCUAAGAAACGGGCUGCUUCAUCUACUGCUAGUGAACCCAAACGAGCUCGAGUUCUUGCAGAAGUGACUGUAGACGUUGCCGCUCAUGCACAGAAUGGAACGUUGUCAAAGUUGACUGUUCCGGUGUUGAAAGAUUUUCUCAAGUCCGUUGGUAUGAAGUGUGCAGGCAAAAAAGAUGAACUGGUGACAGCUGUCAAAGCACAUUUUGGUAUUGCAUGAGACUUUAGGUAACAUAUAACUUAAGCAUUUCACUCAGUUUCUCGGUUUUGCUGCACAUUAUAUGACUGUAAUUUUAUGAAGUGUGGCCAUCUUCUUUCAGUUUGCUUGGAUUUGAUCUAACUGUUUAACAAUGUGUUGCUGAGGACUCCUGUUUUUGUUUA